AUUGACUCCCUGCAGAAUGCACUGCUUGGCGCUUGGAGUUUUAGUGUUGAACAAUCUCCUGCUGAAUGUCAUCACUGUUCCUUUGGAAGGCCUGGAAAAUGGAGGCCAACACUGGGUUGUACUUGUUGCAGGAUCGAGUGGCUGGUACAACUACAGGCAUCAGGCUGAUAUAUGCCACGCAUACCAGAUUGUGCACCAACAUGGAAUACCUGAUCAGCGGAUUAUUGUCAUGAUGUACGAUGACUUGGCCCUGAAUGACGAGAAUCCUACGCAGGGUAUUGUUAUUAAUCACCCCAAUGGAAAAGAUGUGUACAGAGGAGUAGUCAAGGAUUAUGUGGCAGAGAAUGUGACCCCAGAAAUCUUUCUGGCUGUCCUAAGAGGAGAUGAAGAUGCCGUGAAGGGGAAAGGCUCUGGUAAAGUAUUAAAAAGUGGCUCCAAGGAUAAUGUGUUUGUUUAUUUUGCUGAUCAUGGAGCUGAUGGGAUAUUGGCAUUUCCUAAUAGUGAUCUUCAAGUUGAUGAUCUGCAAAGGACCAUUAGAUAUAUGCACAAACAAAAAAAAUACGCAAAGAUGGUGUUUUACAUUGAAGCUUGUGAGUCUGGAUCGAUGAUGAUAGACCUGCCGAAGAACGUUAAUGUAUUCGCCACUACUGCCGCUAAUGAACGCGAAUCAUCAUAUGCCUGUUACUAUGAUGAUGAAAGGCAGACCUAUUUGGGUGAUGUGUACAGCGUCAAUUGGAUGGAAGACUCUGACCAGGAGGACCUUAGAAAAGAAUCAUUGCACAAACAAUUCAAAAUUGUAAAGAGACGGACCAAUACCAGUCAUGUACAAGAGUAUGGAAAUCUGACACUUUCGCACAUGAAACUGAAUGCAUUCCAGGGCUCAAAGAAGGUUGACCUCUAUGCAACCCAGCCUCGGGUCAAUAUUGUGGAUGCUGUACCAAGUCCUGAUGUUCCUCUUGCCAUUCUUAAACAGAAAUAUAUGGCAACAAACGAUAUUAAGAUGGGUCAGAAGCUCCUUUCAGAGAUCAAUGCACUUCUGGAGAAUAAGCACUUAAUUCAGAAGACCAUGGAAAGGAUUGUGUCCAUUGUCACAGGAUCUGAGGAGCCUACAGCGCGGAUAAUAAAUUCACGAAGUCAUAUCCGUGAUCAUGGCUGCUACCAAGCUGCAAAUUAUCAUUUUAAAACUCGCUGUUUUAACUGGCACACGCCGCUGUAUGAAUAUGCACUGAGACAACUUUAUGCUUUGGUCAAUCUUUGUGAAGAAGGUUUCCCGGUAAAGAGUAUCCUUCAAGCCAUGGAUGCUGUGUGCCUAUUGCGGAGUUAAGGAGGACUGGACAAUAGGUUUCAAAAUAUUCCCUCCGUAAUUUGGUUGGGAUUAUGGAGAUUAAGAAUAACUGUACCAAUUUGUGUUUAAUUCUAGUUUUAUUUUGCAUGAAAAGAUUCUCUCUUUUUAUCUCUUCACCAGCCAAGUCCUUGGAUUUUUUGGUGUCUUUAAUAUUAAUGGUUUAUAUUUUUUUAGAUAUUGAUUUUUUUUGGUAUGAAUUUUUGAGUCGUGUGCUCAAAUUGCCUUACUGACGCAGAGCUUUUAUUUCUGUGUGAUGAUGCACUUUGUAACCGCAGAGGUUUAUCUUCCUUGAGUGCACUUGCUUUGUAAAUUUAAUUAUAAGGAGCCGAGAUGAAGGGAAAUCACUAGCUGUUAUACAUGCCACUGAAACACAAUAUUCAAUUAAAAAGAAUAAACAAAUCUGUAAAGUCAA